GCAGCAUAUGACAGGCAUCCUUCGUUUUCGGGGUUUUCUUGCCCGUCCACACACACCUAAAAUUUGCUGGCGCCUUUGCCCCUCCUAGCUUAGCGUCGCCGAAGGCAUGCAGGUCAAAAGGGGCGUGUCACAUCUACAUCACUGCGGCGCUGCCGGUCUCGUGUAAACGUCGUCUUCCAGGAAAUAUAAAACUGAAAGUAAUUAACAUACCUCACCAGUGUGAGUACACUAACCAAAUGAAAGACGCUCUUCGGGAUGUCAUCAAUUAUUUUGAAUGCUGUAAUUGUAUUUCUAACAUUGGGUGGAGCAACAGUACCGCUGUCCGAAAGUGCCACGUGGGCUGUGUGAACAUCUCAAGCCUUGAAUGUGACUUCAGCAGCCUCAACAACUUCCACCCCGCUUUGUAUGGAAGGUAUAUCGCCACAGUACGGGCACAGCGUGGGGCAGAGCAUUCUUCUUGGGUGGAAAGUCAACAGAUGGUCUUGGAAAGCGAUACUGUGAUUGGUUCACCCAACGUGUUGCUCAUUUCCAAUGGGGCUACAAUUAGAAUUUCAAUUCAAGAUCCAGCAUUUGCAGUCUCAGACCUCAGGAGUGUCUAUGGCACGGCCAGCUACAACAUCACUUACUGGAAAGAUGGUCAGAAUGAAAAGGCAAAAAGCAUCAGCAGUAUACUGCAAAACCCAAUAUUUCUAAAUGACUUGGACCCUUGGACAAAGUAUUGUGUCCAGGCUCAAAUCAUUGCAGAAAGGAACACCAAGCCCAGCAAGCCCAGCAGAACAGUAUGUGAGAGCACCGCCGGUGAGAACACCGAAGCGAAAGCUGUAUGGGUGCCUGCACUGGUCACGUUUCUGGUUAUGGCAAUGGUGGUCACUCUUGUGGGGAUUGCAGUUGUUUAUCGAAGAAGGAUUUCCCAUUUUCUUUGUCCAAAAGACAAACUGCCUGCGCACCUGUUGGCAACCCCGGGCUCACCUCUCUACUGGGCCAUGCACAACUCUGACCAACUUGAGGAGCUCUACAAUUCAGUCAAUGUCAUUGCAGAGGAUAAGUCUGUGGAAUAAUGGCAGAAAGGUCCUUGGAGGAAUCGUGGACAAUCACCUGCAGAAAGCUUGUCACCGAGACAAGACGCGAAGGCCUCCAGAAUAAGUAAUAGAAAAGCAGAUUCAUUGCUUCUGUGAGCGGUUAUCCCAAACGUUGAAAGAACGCAAGGCUUUGGUUCUUCAAAGGUUAGUUGAAGCCAAAAUGUUUUGAAAGUGUUCCAUACUGGUUAUGCAGUCAAACCAAAUGAUUACGGAACGUUAGCCUACCAAACACUUUUUGGUUCCCAGAAUGUUCUGGGAACAUAAGCUUCUUGCUGCGGUCAUGUUCCAUGUAGGUCAUGUUUGGCCAGGUUUCAGAUAUGUCCAGAACUGAAUUUCAAGACACCAAAUUAGCAGUGAAAACCUAGUGAUAAAAAAAUUGUAGCAGCACAGUUCUUUUAUUUUUGUACCAUGGAUUUAUCUGUCUGUCUGUUUUGUGUGAAACUUCCGGGCAACAAUGUUUGAUUCAAGUUGAUUUAAGUACAUCAGGAAAAACCCUGAACUCUCCCUUAAAAUAGUUAUAUUUGUCACAAAUUUCAAUUCAGAAUUUCUGAAAUGUUUGCUUGAUGUCAGGUAAAGGAAGUUUGUAAUAAAUGUCAUAUAUAUAUUUUGUAAUGUAUACAUUUUAUAGGUGCAACGGUUAAUCGACAAUAAAUCAAUGAUUCCAUCCAGCAGCCACCAAUUUUCUACCGCAUAUGCAGGGUCAGGUCACAAACGCAGCAGGUUCAGCAGCCCGACUUCAGGGACCACCUUUACGUGGUGUCGGACAAAUCCAAGAGUCCCCGAUCACAGCUAUGCAAAGGUUUUUUUUUUUUUUUUUUUUUCUUUCUCCCUCUCAACUCGACUUCUACACGUAUCUGCUCAACAUCAACAACAACAGCAGCUUCAGCAGGGAAGCCGAGACUUUUCUCUCCCCAACCACUUCUUCCGGAGGAAUCCCAAGGCAUUUCCAGGCCGGCCGGGUGAAUAGUUUUUUCAGCGUGUCCUGGGUCGUCCCCCGGGACCUCCUGCUGGUGGGACAUGUCCGGAACACCUCAAUAAGGAGGCAUUCAGGAGGCAUCCUAAUCAGAUGCCCAAGCCACCUCAUCUGGCUCCUCUCAAUGUGGACGAAUAGCGGCUCGGCUCUGAGUCGGCUCAGCUCCGUCUUCACCACAGCAGACCAAUACAGAGUCUGCAUUACAUCAGACGCUGUACUGAUCCACCUGUCGCUCUAUCCUACCCUCACUUGUCAACAAGACCCCAAGAUACUUGAACUCCUCCCCUUGGGGCAGCAUCUCAUCCCCAACCUGGAGAGGGCACUCCACCCUUUUUAUCCCAACUGCUUUACACUCUGCUGUGAACCGCUCCAGUGAGAGUUGGGGGAUCAUGGCUUGAAGAAGCCAUCAGUACCUCAUCAAAGCAGAGAUGUAAUACUAAGGCCACCAAAGAGGACCCCCUCAACGCCUCGGCUGCGCCUAGAAAGUCUGUGCAUAAAGGUUACAAAGGGCAGCCUUGGAAACCCUCAACUGGACACAAAUCCGACUUCUUGCCGGCAAUUUUUCCCUAUUUUCUGACAUGUUCUGGACUAAGAUAAUAACAGAAUCAUAAUUAAUUUGUGUGUGCACUGUUAAUUUUAAAUAAUGUUCUGUUUCAGAAUAAAGGAAUGGAAAUGUAAA